UAAAAUUAAAGCAAAAUUCCCCUAAUUAUAUUAAGAUUUUUUUUUAACUUAUCUUUUAAAGCCUUUUACUUUUGUCACGCUUGACACUAUAAAUCCAUACAAGCUAGCCAUGGCCAUGACGACCAAGAGUGAGUAGCUUCUUACUUCCGCCCUAGCCUUUACGCUUCUCUCUUUGCAUUUAUUUUAUGUCCAUUUGAGACGAAACAAGUGUGAAGUAGUCAUUUUCUUCAACCUAAGACAGACCUAUCUUAGUUCUUUGGAUCAAAAUCAUUCAAACCCUUCCGACCCUUGCCUUCUCAAAGUCAACUCAAAAUGGGAGUCGAUGGCACCUUGGAAUACAUCUCUGAUUUGCUUAGCGUCGUGAAGAAGAAAAAGAAGAAGCAAACUCAAACUGUAGCUCUUAAAAUCAGGAUGGACUGUGAAGGUUGUGCCCGUAAGGUCAAGAAAGUCCUCUCCGGAGUAAAAGGGGCUAAGUCUGUGGAGGUGGACUUGAAGCAACAAAAAGCAACCGUGACGGGUAACGUGGAGGCAAAGAAAGUCCUGGCCGCGGCUCAGUCGACGAAGAAGAAGGUGGAGUUGUGGCCUUAUGUGCCGUACACUAUGGUGGCGAAUCCUUACGUGGCUCAAGCUUAUGACAAGAAGGCACCUCCCAAUCAUGUCAGGGCGGUUCCUGUCACUUCCACCAUCACUGAAACCAUCAUGGACGACAGCUACACCAACAUGUUCAGUGAUGAAAACCCUAAUGCUUGCUCCAUCAUGUAAACAAGAAGAAAUUAAUAAUAAUAAUAAUAAUACUAAUAAUAAUAAUAAUUAGAGGAUUGUACAGUUUUACAACAUUUGCAACAUAAUCUUGCUGUUUAUUUGAUGCCUCUGUGUGCUUAUCCUUUUGCACGAGGGCAACAGGUUUUUUUUUUUUUCUAGUUUUUUUUCCCCUGUUCAUUGAAACUUAUCAUUCACCAAUAAGGAAGAAUUAUGAGAAAAUAAAUUGGAGCCGGACAUGUUUGGCAAAGCUGGCAAGAUUUGA